AUGCUUCUCAUUGGAGACAGUACUACAAAGUCACAAAAAACGUGGAGCAAUGACACUGUUUGCUUCUCCUCCAGCUCAACCCACGCACUGUACAAUGCAGCUGAGUUAAUUGGCGGCACCUCCGAUGAUGAUCCCAAGUCGACCUCCUUUUUGCUGGAGGCUGACGGCUGGAUGGUCGGACCAGACAAUCGGCUCUUAUUCUGGGUACCACCCGCUUCCCGACAGGCUUUUUAUAAUCCUUAUAAUGCCUUGGUCAUACCCAGAGGAUGUGUUGAGCUUGAUUUGAGCCGUAUGGCACAUGGACCACAUUGGCAGCAUUGCCAAGGUCCUACUCGGAGAACUACGAAGGAACGACUAUCUUCCUUCGAUUGGUCUGGCUCGGGGAGACAAGGUUCAAAAUGA